AGUUAGUCGCAACCGCGUAACCGCGUAGUGUCAGCGAGGCGGGUCUAUACGUCGGACGUGAAAACCAUCGUUUUAUUGCAUCAUUGUUUAGUACGUGCUAAAAUAUAUAACGUGUUGAAUAUGGAUUGUUGUUCCAGUGCUAAUCGUUGAUACAUCGUUGCCGUUUACUGUGAUAUUGAAACGCUGGGAUAUUAAUUGUAUUAUAGGGUGUUAACACACGAUGUCAGCGGACAAAGUAUUCCACUCCCGGUCGCAGGGGAUCCCCUCUGAGGGUGUGAAGGAUCAGUACGCGGACGGCAAGGCGGCCAGGGUGUGGAAGAAGUACAUCGGUGACAGUAACCAGCGCACGCAGAACUACAAGAACUUCCUUACGGGUCUGCUCAGGAAACACAACUGCGUUAAGGUGCUGGACGCCGCCUGCGGUACAGGAAUAGACUCUAUGAUGUUGGUGGACGAGGGUUUCAAGGUGGUGUCCGUGGACGCCUCAGACAAGAUGUUGAAACAUGCGCUCAAGGCGCGCUGGGAGAAGAGAAAGGACCACAAGUAUGAUGAGUGGAUAAUCGAAGAAGCUAGUUGGGAGACAUUGCCGGCCGACAUCCAGUCGUUCCUGCCGGGCGCUACCUUCGACGCGGUCAUCUGUCUGGGCAACUCGUUCGCCCACUUGCUGGACGAGUUCGAGGACCAACGCACGCAGAAGAUGUGCCUCCGGAACUUCGCCAAGGUGCUGAAGCCCGGCGGCCUGCUGUUCAUCGAUCACAGGAACUACGACGCCAUGAUCAACAGCGGAGCUACACCCGGACAUUCCAUAUAUUACAAUUGCAGCUAUCCAGUGGAUAUCAAGACGUCAGUCCUGGUGGUGCGCGGGAAGCCUGAGCUGGUAGCGCUGGACUACCUCAUCCACACGAACGACGACGCAGAACUUAACGAACAAAGCAUGUUCCGGUUGUGCUACUACCCACACAAGCUGGACAAGUUCACAUCGAUGUUGGAUGAGGCAUUCGACAACAAGGCAGAGCACAGCAUAUAUGCUGACUUCAAGGCAUUGGAUCAAGUAGACAAUCCCGCCUACUACAUACAUGUAAUGCGGAAACCACUCAAUUGAUGUUCCUAUUUUUAUUAGUACAAAUAGAUUUAAUUAACACAAUUAUGGAUACUGAAAAAUAC